AUGUCGAAGCCGCCACCCAAACCAGUCAAACCAGGGCAAGUUAAAGUGUUUAGAGCUCUUUAUACGUUUGAACCCAGAACUCCCGAUGAAUUGUAUUUUGAAGAAGGUGAUAUUAUCUACAUUACUGACAUGAGUGACAGCAAUUGGUGGAAGGGUACCUGCAAAGGCAGGACUGGACUGAUCCCAAGCAACUAUGUGGCCGAGCAGGCAGAAUCCAUUGACAACCCAUUGCAUGAAGCUGCAAAAAGAGGCAACUUGAGCUGGUUGAGAGAGUGUUUGGACAACCGAGUGGGUGUUAACGGUUUGGACAAAGCUGGAAGCACUGCCCUCUACUGGGCUUGUCACGGGGGUCACAAAGAUAUAGUGGAAAUGCUGUUUACUCAACCAAACAUUGAACUGAACCAACAGAACAAGCUGGGAGACACAGCUUUGCAUGCCGCUGCCUGGAAGGGUUAUGCAGAUAUUGUCCAGUUGCUUCUGGCAAAAGGUGCUAGAACAGACUUAAGAAACAACGAGAAGAAGCUGGCCCUGGACAUGGCUACUAAUGCUGCCUGUGCCUCUCUCCUGAAAAAGAAACAGGGAACAGAUGCAGUCCGAUCAUUAAGCAAUGCCGAGGACUAUCUUGAUGAUGAAGACUCAGAUUAA